AUGGAUGUUCAAUUGUUUGGAACGUUGCGGAACGACUGUUCAGUGAUUGACAAUUACAGAGUGACAGUGUGGGCGGAGCCGAAGCUAUGGCUGGCCUUACUAACAUUUAUUUAUAAACAAUGUUUACAAAGAUGUUACUGGAAACCCUGGGGAACAUGGAUUAAGGGCACAUGUGUGAAAUUAGGACGACCUCCACCGUACAACAGCUGCCCAUCGCCUCUACAUCUGCCAGGGAAAUAUAAGUGCUAUAGAACGCGUCAGUGUUAUUGUGAGGGACGGGGCUACAGCGAUUCAAAGUAUUGCAGUGGACCUUCUGAAGAGACUGAAUACAAAGCAUGUUGCAUCCCACCACCAACAACCACACCCCCUCCAAUAAUAUGCUACCCUCCCCAACCUUACGCACCAGAAAACGGAAGAAGGGCUGAAGGCAGUGAUACUGAACCAUAUUACGUUGGGGAAGUGAUUAGAUUCGUAUGUAACAUCGGUUAUCCGAUCGUCGGGAAGGACAGUAUAAAAUGCUUAAGCACUGGACAUUGGGAUGGUCCUGUCCCAACUUGUAAUCCAGUAUGCUACUGGAAACCAUGGGGAUCGUGGAUAAACGGAGAUUGUGUUGCAAGUGGACUACCAUCGACGCCACAAUGCUAUAGGCCAGGAAAUUCCCUUUGUUAUCGAACCCGUCGGUGCUACUGCGUCGGACGUGGGUAUUCUAGUUCAACGUACUGUAUUGGUUCUUCAAAGGAGUACGAACCCAAGCCCUGCUGUCUACCAUCUCCCCCUCCUCCAU